GAGCCCCCGGCGGACUGAAACAGGGAAGAAGAAGAGGCGGAAGGCUGUGUUGAAAAGCGUUUGUGUGUGUUAUUUUCAUUUAAUACAAUGUCGAAAAUAAAGAGCAUUAUCUGGCCUCAGGUGGUUCUGUUUGGAGACUCGAUUACACAGUUUUCUUUCCAAGUGAAAGGAUGGGGCUCUGAUAUAGCAAACAGGCUCGCAAGAAAGUGUGAUGUGGUGAACAGAGGUUUGUCUGGAUACAACACUCGAUGGGCUAAAUUGGUUCUUCCCCGGAUCGUCCCAAAUCACGGUGCUUCUCAACAUAAUCCGAUUGCAGCAGUGACCGUGUUUUUCGGUGCCAACGACUGUACCCUGGAAGAUAAGAACCCACAGCAGCAUGUUCCCUGUGAGGAAUACUCAGAGAAUCUGAAGGACAUGGUUAAAUAUCUGGCCUCAGCUGGCGUACCGAAGGACAAGGUCAUAUUUAUCAGUCCUCCACCAAUUCAAGAGGAACACUGGGAAAAAGAAUGUGUACUAAAAGGAUGUUCUCUGAACCGUCUGAACUCUGUGGCUGGUCAGUACGCUCGGAUGUGUGUGCAGACGGCAGGACAGUGUGGAGUGGACGUGAUAGACCUCUGGUCCCUCAUGCAAGAAGAUGGAGAGGACUUCUCAGUGUAUCUCUCAGACGGCCUGCACCUCUCUGAGAAGGGCAACCAGUUCGUAGCCGAGCACGUGUGGAGACUGUUGGAGAGCAAAGUGGCUAAUUUACCCUUCAUCCUGCCUUACUGGGCUGAUGUAGACUGUAAGAAGCCUGAGAACAGCCUGCUGUGUGAUUAGAGUCAGCAACCACAACAAAUAUAGAAAUUUUACUGCAGCUGGUUCUGUUUUUGUCAUUUUCUUUCUGAUUUGCACUGAGGCUUUGUGUUUGAGGAAAAGGAAAAGCAGGUGCUUCUGAAGGAGCAGCGUGUUCACAUCAUGUUAGAAUGACAACGUGGAGGCUCGGAGGUUCUGCUAUGAGCUUUUAAAUGUCGUUGGACGAACACAGUUUAGAAUAAUUUGGUUUAUAAAACUAACACAAUUACGCUUUAAUUUGUCAGUACUAAAUGUGACAUGUAUAAAUACUGACUUUAUUCUCCUGCUUUAAUUGUGGAAGUCAGGAGCAUGUAAUGACCAAUUCCACCAUGAUGUAAAUAUGCAAUAUAUACACUUUUUUUUUUUGGCUGUAAUAUUAAAUGAAUGUCAGUAUAACAGAGGACAUGUCAGUGCAGUGCCAGGAGGGCAGCAGUAAUCUGUACACCAAGCAGGUGCCAUUGAUUUGUAUUGACUUUCUGAUUAGCUUGAUUGUAGUCACUUCAUUACUAAUGAAAGAACAGUGCAGUAAUUAAUCUAUCAGGUACUAAUCACCUAUAUAGACAAAAUGAGUUCACAUGUGUGUGUGUGAGAGAGAGAGAAUUAUCAUUUGUUAAAUCUAUAAUGACAGGUUGGGUUCAUGUUCUCAGUUGUUCAUUUCUUACCACAUUCAUAAACACUGAAGGAUUAAAAGGGUUGGGCUUCUA